AUGGCGGAAGGCGACGAAGGUUGCAGCGCUGGGCGGAGGAAGAUAACGGCGCGCAAGAAAUCUAAAGGACUGCAUAAAACGUACCAACAAGAAGAAAAACGCUACCUUUGGCUACGAUCUGGGCGCCCUGUUUGCCUCGUGUUGGCAUCUAUAGCAAAACCAUAUGCGUGGAAUCAGAAAUGUCAACACCCGCAUGCAAUACCUUCGUCAGGUAGGAAAAGAAGAGGAGGAGUACCAAUGCUCAUGUGCAUUGCACCGUGCACAGUUUGCAAUAAGAUGAGGGGCGCUACCACUGCCACAUAUCUCACACACCACUUCGCCCUGCAGUUAAAAAAUCAUGCAGUCGAAUACACAAAUUCUGAGCCCAUCUAAUUCUUUCAAAUGUAUCAUGGACUUGGAGACAUAAUCCUAGGACUGAAAAAGAUGCACACCAUAAUACAAAAUGAGUAAGUAAACAAAUGACUUUGCCAAAGAAAAUAAAAGAGGCCCCCUUUACCAUCUGAAGAAAUUAAAUCCUUAAACAACUAGAAGGGCUGAAGAGUUAUUUGGCAUGUGCAUAUGAGUUAUUGCUUUGAAUUGAUUAUCUAAGAAACACUGCAAGAAUAAAUGGAUAUUAAUUAUUUAAAAAAAUGAAUGGAUAUUGAAUCUUUUGUUAAGAACAAAUGUGUUGAGAUGUUUUCUAUGUCAACCUUGAAAGUACAUGAAUAGGGAGCAGUGAUAGCUAAUCUGACAAUGAACAUAUAUAAGAAAACACAUAGCACUCUAAUAGUCUAAUUAUCCUUACUUUAGUCAAUCUGAAAGAAACAAUUCACCAACACAACCUUAUGAAACAAAAAUCAAACUGGUUGCACAUACCUAUGAUGAAGCUCUGUGUCCCAGCCUCUCUACCGAAACAAAGAACAGAACAUGGUCCAACAACAAACAACGCAUUAUUCAGAUUUAAAGGCUGCUUCCAGUUAACGGCCAACAACUGCUAACAGAAUGGGCACAGGGAACACUCAACAAUGCAAAACCUAGGAACUGAAUUGCUGAACUCACCGAGUCGAUGUUUGGUUCUCUAAUUGAGUCACUAGCUCACUGAGAGGAAAUGGGCUAUUCUAUCCUAUCCUCAGUUUGGUCCUAUAUGAAAGAAACAACUUACAACUCAACAACCAAACUCUUUGAAAGGGAAAUCAAACUGGUUGCACAUGCCUAGCUCUGAGUCUCUGCCAUCUCUACACAAACAAAGAUCCCCAGC